UUUUAAUUUACCCUUAUAUUUUGUAAUUACAAUUUGCACAGCCUUGUCACUGGCUUCGUCGGCAAUGAAGCAGAGUUUGGUUUCCAUUGCGAGAAGAGCAAGCUGGCGUUUCUAUUCUUCACCAUCCUCUUCUCCUUCCAACAAUAAACUCUUCGUCGGCGGUUUGUCAUGGUCAGUGGAUGAGAAGACAUUGACAGAUGCUUUUUCUUCUUAUGGGGAUGUCACUGAAGUGAGGAUAUUGUACGAUAAAGAAACUGGCAGAUCAAGAGGCUUUGGUUUUGUAAAUUUUUCAAAAGAAGAUGAUGCCAGAUCUGCAAAAGAUGCCAUGGAUGGGAAGGCAUUUUUAGGUCGACCAUUGCGGAUAAGCUUUGCUCUUGAAAAGGUUCGCGGAACUCCUGUUGUAGUCCCUCGUCUUUCAAACGUUGGAGAGGCUGCCAAUCGAAACAAGUGAACUUAUUUGGCAGUUUUUGUGUUUGAU